GAAGCAAUGGGCAGUUUGACGAUGACAAGAGGGCUCAAAGCCGAAGAACUGUUGCCUUUCACGGUACAGUUCCUUCGAGGACGAUGGUUCGCACUUUUUGCAUCCUUCAUGAUCAUGGCCGGUACCGGUGCAACCUAUCUAUUCGGAACCUACUCCAAAGAGAUCAAAGCCACUCUCGAUUAUGAUCAGACCACUCUCAAUCUCUUAGGCUUCUCAAAGGAUCUCGGUGCCAACAUCGGUGUCUUUUCCGGCCUUAUCGCCGAGGUAACUCCCACUUGGUUCGUUCUCCUACUCGGCGCUGCAUUCAACUUCGGAGGCUAUUUCAUGAUUUGGUUAGCAGUGACAGGCAGAAUAGCCAAACCGAAGGUUUGGCAAAUGUGCGUUUACAUAUGCAUUGGAGCAAAUUCCCAGAAUUUUGCUAAUACUGGUGCGCUUAUCACCAGCGUAAAGAACUUCCCUGAGAGCCGGGGUUCGAUGUUGGGUCUGUUGAAGGGGUUUACUGGACUCAGUGGAGCUGUGAUGACUCAGAUUUAUCUGGCUGUUUACGGGAAUGAUUCGAAGUCUCUCAUCCUUCUCAUCGGAUGGCUUCCGGCUGCGAUUUCGGUCAUAUUUGUGUAUACAAUCCGGACGAUGAAGCCGGUUAAACACCCCAAUGAGGUGAACGUGCUUUAUCAGUUCCUCGGAGCUUCAGUUGUUCUUGCGGUGUUUUUAUUGGCGGUGACUUUAGCAGAGAAGCUUGUUACUUUCUCGAGAGCAGCAUUCGCCGGUGUGACCACGGUGGUUUGUUUCCUUGUCUUUUCCCCUCUCUUCAUUUGCAUCAGAGAAGAAUUACUGGUUUGGAACAUCCAAAAGCAGCCAACGGAUCCUCCAAGCGAGAUCACAGUAGAGAGGCCAACAGCACAAGUGGGCGAUCCGAAUCAAGUGGAUGAUGAAAAGGUAGUAAAGUCGUGUUUUUUAACCAUUUUUGACAAGCCCAAGAGAGGAGAAGACUACACGAUUCUUCAAGCAUUAACAAGCGUAGACAUGUGGGUUUUGUUUCUUUCAACAUUCUGUGGACUUGGUGCAAGCCUAACUGCUGUAGACAACUUGGGGCAAAUCGGUGAGUCACUCGGCUAUCCGAAUAAAACAGUCACCAGUUUCAUCUCGCUGCUCAGCAUCUGGAAUUUCUUCGGAAGGGUGUUUUCCGGCUUUGUAUCGGAGACAUUGAUCGUAAAAUACAAGGUUCCAAGACCACUGAUGAUGACCAUGGUCCUUCUUCUCGCAUGCAUCGGCUACCUUUUGGUUGCCUUUCCGGUUCCAGGUUCACUGUAUGCAGCAUCCAUCAUCAUCGGAUUCUCAUUCGGUGCACAAUAUCCGUUGAUUUUCGCCAUCAUUUCGGAGCUUUUCGGGCUGAAAUACUACUCUACGUUGUUCAAUUGCGGACAAUUGGUUAGUCCGCUGGGUUCAUACAUAUUCAACGUGAGGCUAACGGGAUUCUUAUACGAUCGAGAGGCGCUGAAGGAUCUUGCGAAGAAAGGUCUAACACGAUCGUCUGUGAAAGCAUUGACUUGUAUUGGCGUUCAUUGUUACAGGUCGUCGCUAAUAAUUUUGGCUACUGUUACCUUCUUCGGAGCAUUGAGUUCUCUCGUUUUGGUUCUAAGAACACGAAAGUACUACAGAAGCGAUAUAUACAAAAAAUACAGAGAAAAUGCAGAGAGUUUAUGA